AUGAGUUAUUCUUAUCGUUUUGAAUGCAAUUUACCUCUACCUACAUUAGAUGAAUGCUCUAAGAAAAUUGAUCUUAAACAUGAAAUUAUUCAUACUAACGUUGUUGGAGGUAGUUUAUGCUCAAGAGAUUUAAUGAUAUUUUCUACAAUGGAAUCACCCAAUGUUGAGUAUCACAGUAUUAUAGAACUUAUAUCAGAUAUUAUGUUUAAAUGUAAAGAGAAAGGAAUUAAGUAUUUAGAUGAAGCAAAAAAACAAAUAAAAAUAAAUAAUUCAUUUGUUGAAGAUUUUCAAAAAUCUUUAGAUGGUAGUAUUUUUAGUGAUUGUUUAAUUGGAACAUUUUUAAAAGUAAAUAUUUUAAUUUUCAAAGAAUAUUAUUCUCCAAAACAAUUACUAGAACCGUUGUUAUUUUUAGAUUUAUUAAAUAAGGAAGAAAUUGGUGAUUGGCCAAUAAUUUGUGUAAGAUAUAAUGAUAAUAAAAAAUUUCAAACUUUGUCAAAAGCAGUAUUAGCUACAAAAGACAAUUUUACAAACUUUUUAAUUUCAAAUAUCAAGGCUAAUUAUGAUAUUUUAGUACAAGAAAAACUUGAAAUUAAAAUUAAAUAUGAUCGAUAUAUGCCUGCACCAUAUAAUUCUUCUGAUUGGGAUAUGAUUAAAACAAUAAAUGAUUGUCUAAAAAAUUAUAGUGGAAUUUUUGUAAAUGAACAUAAACCAAUAAGAAAAAAUCAUAAAAUAUUAGGUCUUGGUACUAAUAAAGGAUGUAUAAUAUCAAAUGCACAACCUAACAAAAAACUAGAAGGAAGUAAAUCAAUUUUGUUACUUCUAAGAAAUUAUUUAUUUGGUAAAAAUAAAAAUAAUGAAUUUUUAAUAUUAUUUCAUGAAAUAAAACAAAGAAUGAAAUUUUAUCAAUUAAUUAAACAAAUUGAAGGAGAAGAUUUACUUUUAUUUCUUGCUGUCUUAAGCCAAUCAUUAAAAAUAAAUUUAUGCUUUUUAAAAAAUCAACAUCUUAUAUCUUUUAGAAAUAUUAUUAAUAAAAAUUAUCUUAUUGAAAAUUGUUCUGAUCCAAUUAUAGCAAUCAUGGAAGUUGACAACAAUUUUUAUUUAGUUAAUAAGGUAACAAUGGCUGAUAAUAGAAAUUUACAUUUUCCAAUUGCUCAUUCAAUGGUAGAAGAAAUCUUUUUUAAAUAUAUUGAAAAUACAAAUGGAAAUGUUUUAGAUGUUAAUUUAGAACAACUUUGUAAUGAUAUUGAAGAAUGUGAUCCAGUUACAUUUGAGAAACAACUAUGUAAUAGAACACGUUUUUUAAAAAAGUUAGAAUCUCACAUUGCAGAUCUUUCUUUUAGAGUAAGGUUUCCAAUUCAUGAAAAAGAGCGAUACAAUGCAUAUUGUGAAAGAAUUAAACAAUCAAAUUUAGAUAUUUUUUCUUAUAAUAAUUUAAAUAAAAACAAUGUCAAACAAAAAAAUGAUAUUUCUAAUGUUGUUAAAAAUGAAGACAUUGUAAACCAGCAAACAAAUGAAAAUGAUAAUGAUAUUUUUGAUAGAAAACAAAUAUAUGGUAUGAAAAGAUCUUAUGAUAAAAUUUCAGAAAUAGAAAAUAACCACGAUGGUACUAUUAAUGAUAACCAUAAAAUUGAUAUUGAGGAUGAACUUGUUGAUAUAGAAACACUAGAAAAUUGUAUUAAUAUGGAUAUUGAAUCAUCUUCGUUACAACCUCCAGGUAAAAUUGAAAAAGGUGACAAAAAUAUUAUAAUGUGGAUACCAAAUGAUGAUGCAUUUUCUUUUAUUAGAGGAAUGAAACCUAAAGAUAAUGAAAAAGUUAUUACAAGAGCAGUAAAAGUUAAUUGGUCAAAUUUAAUAAAAAAGUGUCUUCAGAAAGAUCCUGUAACUCCGAAAAAAUAUGAUAUAUUCAAGAGAAAUGUUUUUAAAAUUUGGGAAGAUAUAAUAAAUCAAGAGAUGAUAACACAAGAAGAUGAGUAUGGUAAAAUUGAGUUAGAUGUGGAUGGAUUUGAUCAUUUAACUGACAAUGGUGUUGAAAUAAUAGGAAUGUUGUCUGAAAGAAAAUACACAGAUCAAAUUAUAGUAAAAGUAAAUCCAACAGAUCAUAAGAUAAAUUGUCUUGUAUAUAUUUAUAAUUUAUCAAUGAAAACAUCCCUUGACAAUGAAGAUUUUAUUAAUGAUGGAAAUAAAAAAUUACUAAAUAAAUGUGAAUUAUUCAAACAUUAUUAUAGGUGUACAAAUUGUAAAAAAAUUGGUGAUGAAUAUAAUAAAAACUUAAAACUUGGUAAAUAUGAAAGUGAUAUUCCAGAAAAACCAAAAGGAGCAACAAUUAUAAAGACAUUUAAAGGAAAUCUUUGUAUUGAUACAAGAAUGGGAAAAAAUAAAAAACAUUGUAAAGGAUGUAAACCUAUAUCAUUGUUAUUAGUAUUAGCUGAUCAAUUUGAUAAAAAAGUAAAAAUUCUUUCUACAAAAAAAUAUGUCACAUUUGAAGCUGCAUAUCAAAGGAUGCUUGCAGGACUUAUGGAGUUAGCAGAAAUUCAUGGAAUUCAUUAUGAAAUGAUUUUAGAACAUUGUCUUCCUAAGGAUAAAUUGCGUGAACAGUGUGUGAAACUUGAUGAAUUUUAUAAAACAAAGCAAAAAUCUGUUGUAACAACUACACAAAUCAAAAGUUAUUGUGCAAAAAAGAAAGGUAAUAAAAGUCUUUUUAGAUAA